AUGGAGAAAGAAGAAGAAAAAAAUCGCAGUUAUCACAACUGCAUAAAUGACAUCGCUUGCGCUGUUGGUCUAGAAGCAUUCGUAUUACCUAACAUCGUGUCUCCUCAACCUUCAAAAUAUGUCGAAAUAGCCAGUUGGGCUAUACCAAAGACAAUAGUACUAGCAGAUCCACUAUUUAAUCAAUCUGACAAAAUUGAUGUACUGCUAGGGGCAGAGUUCUAUCAUCAAGUAAUGAUGUCAGGAACAAUUCGACUGGCUUCUCAUUUACCAACGUUGCAAAACACAUUAUUUGGUGGGAUUGUUUCAGGAAAAGUGGAAAGUCAGACAUCAAAUUCAGCUACAUGCGGCAUGCUUACUGACAUGGAAGAAGGUGAACAUAUAGAUAAUAUGAUAAAGAAAUUCUGGCAGUUCGAAGAAGUAAAGGAAAUAGACACCACAUUAUCGUUUGCAGAUCAGAGAUGUGAAACUCAUUUUGUAAAGAAUGUUCAGAAAAAUCAAAAGGGACAGUACAUAGUAAAAUUACCGUUUGCAGAAUCCGUAGAAACAUCAGGAGGCAGAAGGCGCACAACGUUCAACCGGUUUUUGGGCUUAGAAAGACGUUUGAUAAAGGAUUCCAACUUAAGGCAACAAUACGUUCAGUUCAUGGUCGAAUAUGAGGCGCUUGGUCAUAUGAUUGAGGUAGAUGUAAAUAACUGGAGGACAACUCCAGUUAUUUUAUACCACAUCAUUGUGUGUUGA